AUGAACAACCCAAACCAAGGCGGUGCCGCGGGAGGUGAUGACUACCUCGACAAGGCCUUCAACGCAGGCGCCAAGAAGUUCGGCGGCGCACAAGGUCAGAAGAUUGCUGCGAACCGUGGCAUGAGCGAGAAGAUUACCGACGGCAUGCGCAAGGCCUAUGAGAAGGUCACUGGCAAGAAGGUUAAUCCCAAGUACUCCAACUAA